UGUUCCUUCGCAUCAUGGAAAGCGUGACGGCGAGGGACCCUUGGUUCUCUUGCCGGCCUGAUGCGACGGGGAAAAUGGGUCUAUCCCCGUUCCAGAAGUGCAUCGCGCCAUUACGCAUCCUGGCGUACGGUGUUCCGGCCGAUGCGGUUGACGAGUAUGUGCGCAUCGCAGAGUCCACCUCGUUGGAGGCUCUGAAUCGGUUUUGCGCAGCGGUGAUUGAGCUCUUUGAGGAGCAGUACCUCCGCGCACCUACUGCGACGGAUGUCGCGGCUCUCCUUGCAUUCAACAGCACUCGUGGGUUUCCGGGUAUGUUGGGGAGCAUAGAUUGCAUGCAUUGGGAGUGGAAGAACUGUCCAACCGCUUGGAAGGGCAUGUUCACUGGCCGUGGGAAGCAAGCCUCGAUGGUGCUAGAGGCAGUGGCUUCCCAUGACCUAUGGAUAUGGCAUGCAUAUUUUGGGAUGCCCGGUAGUAACAAUGAUAUCAAUGUGCUGCAUAGGUCCCCUCUAUUUCGUAGGCAGAUUAGGGAUGAGGCACCCCCCGUGCACUUCACCGUAAAUGGCAACACCUACAAUAUGGGGUACUACCUAGCAGAUGGGAUUUACCCUGAUUGGCCAGCUUUUCUUAAAACUGUUCGUCACCCCAUGACGAACAAAGAUUGUCGGUUCGCCCAGGUUCAGGAGGGGGCACGCAAGGACAUCGAGCGUGCUUUCGGAGUUUUGCAGGUUCGGUGGGGAAUCAUUCGUGGACCUGCUUACGGUUGGGACCGGUACAGGCUGAAGAACAUCAUGAUGGCGUGCAUCAUCUUGCACAAUAUGAUAAUUGAUGACGAGCGCGGUGAGAACCUACCGUACGUGUACGACAGCAAUGGUCCACCGGUGCAGCCUUUCAGGUCUGGUACUCGCGAGCAGACUGAUUUCAUCGCGGCCCACCAUAGGCUACGUGACCGUGACACGGCACACAAGCUCAAGCGCGACCACAUCGAGCAUAUUUGGUCCUUGUUUGGGUCUUCUUAG